CUCUUUUCCUCUGGCGCGCCACCGACGAUCCUAUUGUCAUCAUGGGCCGCCGCCCCGCCCGGUGUUACCGGUAUUGUAAGAACAAGCCAUACCCAAAGUCUCGUUUCUGCCGUGGUGUCCCUGAUGCUAAGAUCCGAAUCUUUGAUUUGGGACGGAAGAAAGCAAAAGUUGAUGAAUUCCCACUUUGUGGCCAUAUGGUGUCAGAUGAAUAUGAGCAACUCUCUUCUGAAGCACUGGAGGCUGCCCGUAUUUGUGCCAACAAAUACAUGGUAAAGAGUUGUGGCAAGGAUGGCUUUCAUAUCCGAGUGAGGCUCCACCCUUUCCAUGUCAUCCGUAUCAACAAGAUGUUGUCCUGUGCUGGGGCUGACAGGCUCCAGACAGGGAUGCGUGGUGCCUUUGGGAAGCCCCAGGGCACAGUGGCCAGGGUUCACAUUGGCCAGGUCAUCAUGUCCAUCCGAACCAAGUUGCAGAACAAGGAACAUGUGAUUGAGGCUCUGCGAAGAGCCAAGUUCAAGUUCCCUGGCCGCCAGAAGAUCCACAUCUCAAAGAAGUGGGGCUUCACCAAGUUUAAUGCAGAUGAAUUUGAAGACAUGGUUGCUGAGAAGCGGCUCAUUCCUGAUGGCUGUGGUGUCAAAUAUAUCCCCAAUCGUGGUCCUCUGGACAAGUGGAGAGCCCUGCAUUCCUGAAGGCUUCAAUAGUUCUCCUAUACCCUACCAAAUCGUUCAAUAAUAAAAUCUCGCAUCAAGUUCGCUUA